AUGGCUGCCAAAAACACAUUUCACCUCAACAUUUCUGCCACAAAGCAAGAGGACAUUGGGACCUACUAUUGUGGGAAGAUUUUCUUGAAUCACAUGCUGUUUGCUCAUGGAACCAUGUUAAUGCUGACAGGUGAAAAUAUUACAAAUACUAUAUUUUUAUAAUACGGUACUUAUUUAUAUUUUUUAUUAGUAAUUUUCCACAACGAUGCUUUUUUGUGCUCUACCAUUCUUAGGCACAACGUCAAAAUGCAAUACACACUGAGACCUGUGCAGGAGAACACAGUGUCUAUUGGUUCAGACAUGGCUCAGGAGAAUCCCAUCCAGGAAUAAUUUACAACAAUGGAGACAGGAGUGAUCAGUGUGAGAAGAGCCCUGAGGCUGGGUCUCCUACACAGAGCUGUGUCUACAACCUCCCCAAGAGGAACCUCAGCCUCUCUGAUGCUGGGACUUACUACUGUGCUGUGGCCUCAUGUGGGGAGAUACUGUUCAGGAAUAGGAAUAGACUGGAGAUCAAGGAUAGGUGAUACAUCUAACAUAUCUGUUUAUAUCUAUUGUAUAAUCUACUGUGUCAAACUGCUCACAAUACUAGUUAUUUAGAUCACAUAAGAAAACAUGCAUUCAUUGCAAAUAUUACGGCAUUAGAUUUGACCUAGAGACUGAAUUGAGUGAGUCUGUGUUUCAUCCCCAUAGCUCCACGGUGACGAUGAUGCCCUGAACUACACUGCCCUGAAGUUCACUGACAAGAAGAGUAAUAAUAAUAAUAUGCCAUUUAGCAGACGCUUUUAUCCAAAGCGACUUACAGUCAUGCGUGCAUACAUUUUUGUGUAUGGGUGGUCCCGGGGAUCGAACCCACUAUCUUGGCGUUACAAGCGCUGUGCUCUACCAGCUGAGCUACAGAGUACCAAUCCCAGGAGACAGAGGAGAGAACAGUGAGAACAGAGAGAGGAAGAAACCAUCUACUCUGGAGUGAGUAAUCAAGACAGGAUGUGACAUGUGAGGGUCAUCAAAUCAGCAUCAUUCUAGGUUAAGCCCCACCCCUCCUCUGAACUCCACUUUGAUCUUGACUGUUCCAGUGUGAACUGGCUAUUAUAUACAUUUCUCAUUUGCUGUAGGAUGUCAUUGCAGGGGCCUAGCUUCACCUAAUACAAAUGUAAAAUAAAGCUGAUACUAGGAUGAUUUCAGAAGUCUCACAUCCUCAGCAAUACAGGCUGAGGUUGACUGACUGCAUACAUUUGUUUUUGUAGAAGUGUACAACAAAAUGUAUAUAUUGAUUUUGCAAAUGUCUGAGCUCUUACUUUUCAUGAUAAUGGUUGUAACAUGGAAGUCUGUAACCUGCCUUUAUGAUUGUGUGAUAGUUCAAUAAACAUAUUUUUAUUUCCUAGUUAAAUGACUUGCCCAAUUCUUACCACUUGCCCAAUUCUUACCACUCAUUCUAGGUUAAGCCCCACCCCUCCUCUGAACUCCACUUUGAUCUUGACUGUUCCAGUGUGAACUGGCUAUUAUAUACAUUUCUCAUUUGCUGUAGGAUGUCAUUGCAGGGGCCUAGCUUCACCUAAUACAAAUGUAAAAUAAAGCUGAUACUAGGAUGAUUUCAGAAGUCUCACAUCCUCAGCAAUACAGGCUGAGGUUGACUGACUGCAUACAUUUGUUUUUGUAGAAGUGUACAACAAAAUGUAUAUAUUGAUUUUGCAAAUGUCUGAGCUCUUACUUUUCAUGAUAAUGGUUGUAACAUGGAAGUCUGUAACCUGCCUUUAUGAUUGUGUGAUAUUCAAUAAACAUAUUUUUAUUUCCUAGUUAAAUGACUUGCCCAAUUCUUACCACUUAUUUGCACCAGGUAUCAAAGGAUCACAUCUUAUUUUGUCAAAAAGGUGCCAACCUCACCAGGGUUCACUUCCUCCUGAAAGCUUGAACUGCUUCUACAGACAUGAAGAGAGAAAUACAAUGUAAACCCCCUGUGUAUGUCAAAGAGGACAUAUGUACCACUAGUCUCAGCCACCGACCCAAAUGAUGAAAAAAUACAAACCAGUAACUCUGACAUUACAUCAUUUGAAGGGCUGCUCUAACUAUGGUAUGCCACAGGACUCACGUUAGAUUGUAGUUUUUAUCACAUGUUUUAUGCCUAUUCAGACAGCCAAUAAUAUCACUUAGUUCAGAGUUUCCGCCUCCUUCAUAAUGAUUACCCGAUGAGUGUCAUCAUAUAAAAGGUGCCCCGUUGUCAGGCCCACACACUUUACAGUGCAGAAAGGACAUUAAAAUGAUGAUUAUGUAUUGGACAAUAUUUUUGUUUAACGCCAAUUUGGGUAAGUAAGAAAUAUAAAUGUGGAUCCUUUUGAAUGACCAUGUAGUCUGAAUAAUGAUAAUAAUGUAUAAUUCUGUACUAUACCUUUGUCUUUGAUUUAUUCAGUUUGUUUGCAUCACAGGUUGUGCACUUAACAACGAUGUAAUCCAACCAGACCCUGUGAUGGUUACACACCUGGGACAAAGUGUAUCUCUCACUUGCUUUUGUCAAUCUAAUUUAAUGGUCAGAGUCUCUUGGUUCAAACAAAUUGUUGGACAGAAGCCUCUUCUCAUGGCAUCAUCAUAUUAUCGCACUCAAAAUGCUUUUUAUUACAACAAUUUUACCAAGGACUUUAAUGAGACUAAACGUUUGAGUGUGAAGAGAGGAGUUGACAGCUGUAACCUGACCAUCUCCAAGACAAGGUCAGGGGACUCUGCUACAUACUACUGUGGUGGUAUGGAAAUGGGUGAAGUCAAAUUUGGAGAAGGAACUUUUUUAAUUGUCAAAGGUAACUUAAGUCGGUUCCUAAGUGCGUUCAAAUAAUGCUAAAUUAAUGAAUCUAGCAGGAAAAUAGAAUGUACACACCAUGAUCUUACUCACUCUCUUUAGAUUCAGGGUCCAAGAGCAUGUCUGUGAUUCAGCAGCCUGUGUCUGAGUCAGUCCAGACAGGAGACUCUGUGACUCUGAACUGUACAAUACACAAUGACACCUGUGCAGGAGAACACAGUGUCUAUUGGUUCAGACAUGGCUCAGGAGAAUCCCGUCCAGGAAUCAUUUACAACAAUGGAGACAGGAGUGAUCAGUGUGAAAAGAGCCCUGAUGCUGGGUCUCCUACGCAGAGCUGUGUCUACAACCUCCCCAAGAGGAACCUCAGCCUCUCUGAUGCUGGGACUUACUACUGUGCUGUGGCCUCAUGUGGGGAGAUACUGUUUGGGAAUGGGACCAAGCUGGACUGUUAGUGAUAUUUCUGACAUUUCUAAAAUGUCGUAACAUUCUAUGCCUGGUUGAACAAAAUGUCCUGAAUCUCCUCUAUCACUGUCUGUAUUUCUACAGAUGGUUGUAAGGAGGACCAUGUUCUCUUGGUGUACUGUCUGGGUGUAGUGUUGGCUCUUUGUGUCAUCCUCAUCAUUGUCCUUGGUUGUGUUUUGUAUAAGAUGACCAAGAAAACCUCUCUGCUGUGUAGAGGUAAGUGUUAUCAUUGCCCCCAAUAUAUGGUUAAAUUGUUGGUGCUGUAUACAUUACAUGUUUUAGUUGUGAAACUGGGUUAAUUCAUUGUAUGAUGAAGAUGUUGAUGAUGAUGAUUCCUUCAUGUUUGUCUAAAAGGAACGCAUCCUCAGCUAAGUGGUACGGCAGUCCCCAGUUCACAUAACCAGGUAUGUACCUUAUGGUGAACUAUUCUGAGUAUGACUUUGAUUAACUGUAAAUUAUUCUAUCAAAUUAUCUGGUCAUUUCCUGAUGUCUUUGGAAUUUGUUUUGCUAUUCCUCUUAGGAUCAAGAAGAUGAUGACACACUCACGUCGGUCCAUUACGCUGCUCUGAAUGUCAUCCACAAGAAGCCAAAGACCCAGAGACAGAGGAGCGCCAUGGAGAGAGACACUGUGUAUUCUGGGGUGAGGUGCCAAAACAUGGACUGA